AUGGACGUCAAAGCCGCUUCCAACGGGGUGUCCACCAUCGAGGACAGGAUCUUACGGAUCACGGGAUAUUAUGGCUAUUACCCGGGAUAUUCGAGUCAUCAAAGGGGUGAUGGACUCUCAAAUCGGACCGAAAAUAUUAAUCCGGAUAAUAAUGUUAAGACACGCUGUCAAACAUGCAUCUCUGCAUUUUUCAAGAUUUUCUGGGGGUUUCUGGUCAUUCUUUCUGUAUCAUCCUCCUGGGUUGGUACUACACAGAUUGUCAAAGUUACAUACAAGAACUUCCAUUGUCCUUUUUUUAUGACCUGGUUCUCUACAAAUUGGAACAUAAUGUUUUUCCCUGUGUACUACUCGGGACACUUGGCUUCAGCACAAGAAAAACAGACACUAAUUAAAAAAAUUAGGGAAUGCAGUCGGAUUUUUGGAGAAGAAGGACUGACUCUGAGACUCUUUCUGAAAAGAACAGCCCCAUUUUCUAUCCUCUGGACAUUAACUAAUUACCUAUAUUUACUGGCUCUGAAGAAAUUAACAGCCACAGAUGUGUCUGCUCUUUUUUGUUGCAACAAAGCAUUUGUCUUUUUGCUCUCUUGGAUUGUGCUCAAAGACAAGUUCAUGGGAGUUAGAAUAGUUGCUGCAAUCAUGGCAAUUACUGGGAUUGUGAUGAUGGCAUAUGCAGAUGGUUUCCACGGUGAUUCAAUCAUUGGAGUAGCGCUGGUUGUCGGAUCUGCCUCCACAUCAGCAUUAUACAAGGUUUUAUUUAAAAUGUUUCUUGGAAGUGCAAACUUUGGAGAAGCUGCAUAUUUCAUUUCUACACUGGGUUUCUUCAAUUUAAUUUUCAUAUCAUCUGCACCAGUUAUACUGUACUUUACAAAAGUGGAGUACUGGUCCUCAUUCUCUGCUCUACCUUGGGGAUACCUUUGCGGUGUGGCUGGCCUUUGGUUAGCCUUCAAUAUUCUUGUGAACGUUGGUGUUGUAUUAACAUAUCCUAUACUCAUUUCUAUUGGAACUGUCCUGAGUGUCCCUGGAAAUGCAGCUGUCGACCUUAUGAAGCACGAAGUGAUAUUUAGUAUGGUGAGAUUGACUGCCACUACUAUCAUAUGCAUUGGCUUCCUGCUCAUGCUUCUUCCUGAAGAAUGGGAUGAAAUAACUUUAAGGUUUAUUAACAGAUUAAAGGAGAAGAAGAAUGAAGAUCAGACAGAAGACACCACAGAGUCUAGUGUCCACACUCGGAGCAGAAGUAGAGCAAACGGAACAAUUUCAAUUCCUUUAGCUUAA